UCAUUUAAAACAAAAUGGCGUCGACCAUAACAAUCCCCCGUCGUCUUCCUCUGCUUCUGGUGGCUGACAAUGUCCUUCUUCCUGGGUCGUCCAUGCGUAUUCCUGUCAGGAGUAUGCGCAACAUGAACAUGGUGAAAGGUCGUCUGUUGAGCAGAAAUACUCUUAGUAGUACAAUUAUUGGUGUGAUACCAAGGGACCCUACUGAUGAACAGGGAGAUGAUCUGUCAUCCAUACACCACAUUGGUACAGCUGCUGUGGUUGUCCAGGUAACGGGGACCAACUGGCCAAAGCCGGCCUACACUCUGCUGGUUACUGGCCUGUGUCGCUUUAAACUCCAGGAACUUCUCCAGGAGGCUCCGUAUCCGGUGGCAACAGUCACUCAGCUUGACAAACUCCCAGGGAUCAUUGAUGAUAACAUAAAGCUUAAGAACAUGGGAGAGCUGGAUAUUUUGGCAGAAAAUUUUCGGGAGCAGGCAGCGAAGCUUGUAGACAUGCUGGAUAUAUCUAUCCCUGUUGUGGCUAAACUCAAGAAAAUGCUGGAGAAACUUCCAGAUCAACAUCUCCCCGAUAUUUGUGCGGCCAUUGUCAAGGCCUCCUACUCGGAGAAGAUUCAGGUUUUGGAUGCUAUUGACUUGACCGAGAGGUUCAAGAAAGCCCUGCCUUUGCUGAUGAGACAAAUUGAGGGCCUGAAACUUUUACAAAAAACAAGAAAGGACAAGUUUGAAAUAAUUACAAAGAAAGAGGGUAGUAAUCGUCCUGGUAACAUGAAGCGUGUGUUUGGGAAGAUCAAUUCUGAACUGGAUGAGGAUGAGGAUGGCGAUACUGAUGAAAUGAUUGACCUAGAACAAAAAAUCAAAGCCGCCAACAUGCCAGAGCACGCCCUGAAGGCAGCUAUGAAAGAGUUUAAAAGGUUGAAGAAAAUGCCACAGCAGAUGCCGGAGCAUGCUAUGAUCAGGAACUACCUCGAUUUGAUGGUGGAAUUACCCUGGUCCAAACAAAGCAAGGAUGCCUUAGACAUCGCUCAAGCUAGGAAAGAUCUGGACGAGGAUCACUAUGGCAUGGAGAAACCAAAGAAGAGAGUUCUGGAGUACCUGGCUGUGCGUCAGCUUAAACAGACACUCCGCGGACCAAUACUGUGCUUUAUAGGCCCUCCAGGAGUAGGGAAGACUAGCAUUGGCAAAUCUAUAGCACACACUUUGGGCAGAGAAUUCCACAGAAUUUCCCUAGGAGGUGUUUGUGAUCAGUCAGAUAUCCGUGGACACAGACGUACAUAUAUUGGCUCCAUGCCUGGUAGGAUACUCCAGGGAUUGAAAUUGGUCGGAACAAAUAACCCAGUAUUUCUGCUGGAUGAAGUUGAUAAACUUGGGAAGUCACUCCAUGGUGAUCCUGCUGCAGCUCUACUGGAAGUACUGGACCCUGCACAGAAUGACACUUUCACUGACCACUACCUGAAUGUGCCCUUCGACCUGUCUCAGGUGUUAUUCAUUGCCACAGCUAACAACAUGGCCACCAUUCCUCCAGCCCUGUUGGACAGGAUGGAGCUGAUUCAGAUUCCUGGUUACACUCAGGAGGAGAAAAUCAACAUUGCUGACCGCCACCUUAUACCAAAACAGCUAAAAGAGCAUGGACUGACCGCAGAACAGAUCCAAAUUCCCACCGACACUGUUCAGCUAAUUGCUUCUAAAUACACUCGAGAGGCUGGUGUUAGGAACCUGGAACGUAAGAUAGGGGGCGUGUGCCGUGCGGUGGCUGUCAGGGUAGCAGAGACGACACCGAAAUCUAAACAAGACAAGUCUGCAUCUGAGCUGGACAAGAAACAGAUUGAUAAUGAGACUGUUUCUGAGACGAUGUCUCAAGAUGCCUCUACUCUAGCACAUCCCCCAGAGAUGCCGAUUGUGAUUGAUGAGGUCGCACUGGAGGACAUACUGGGGCCCCCUCAGUUUGAAAGUGAGGUUUCCCAGCGACUGAGCCAGCCAGGAGUGGCAGUUGGCUUGGCCUGGACCCCUAUGGGUGGAGAGAUUCUGUUUGUGGAAGCCACUAGUAUGGAUGGGGAAGGUAAACUCACUCUCACUGGCCAGCUGGGUGAUGUGAUGAAGGAGUCUGCCAACCUCGCCCUCAACUGGGUCAGGAGCAAUGCCCUCAAGCUUGGAUUGAGUGGGAGUGUGAACAUCACCAGUAAAAGGGACAUACACAUUCACUUCCCCGCUGGAGCUGUCGGGAAGGAUGGACCGUCCGCUGGGGUUACCGUGGUAACGGUGUUGGUUUCCUUACUCAGUAAACGCUGUGUAAGGUCAGACACAGCUAUGACAGGGGAGAUAACUUUAAGAGGACUUGUUCUACCAGUGGGAGGCAUUAAAGAGAAGGUGCUGGCAGCCCACAGAGCAGGACUACGAAGAAUUAUUCUCCCCAAACGUAAUGAGAAAGACCUACAAGAGAUUCCUAACAAUGUCAAGAACGACCUGACAAUAAUUCUGGCAAAUCGCUUGGAGGAUGUUUUGAAGGCUGCUUUUGAUGAGGGCUUUCCAUCGAUGGUCAAUGAACACGCUUUGCCUAGCAAGUUAUAACCCUGCCAUGGGUGACCGACGGUCAAGAUUCUAUAGGUGCCAAAGACAGACCAGUGAUGUAAACAGAAUGUUUGUUCCUGUUUAAAUUAAGUGAUAUUUAUAGGAGUUACAAGAUGUAUCUCCUGUGUUGUUAAACAUUUUAUUACCACACAUUUACCUAUUAUUUCUCUAACAAAGGUAGAGGAUUGUAUGUAUGAAUAAUUUUUCGAAAUGCCUCUACAAGGCCAAAAAAAAUAAUUACUUGAUUUGCAGGCCCUCCCUCAUCUACUCUUGACGUAAAAAAAAGUCCCUUAUCUCAUAUAUUUUUCCAGGUUGAAUGAAAAAAAUUCUCCCUUGAUUAUUGUUCGGGAGAAGAAUGUGUGGAAAAAAGGGCCGCCAACAAACCUUUCUCCUGUAAUUACCAUUAUAUUUAACCAUAAAAUAAGAACACAUGUUCAUUGAUGUGAAACAAAGACAAAGAACCAUGAUAAAUAAUUGUUUCCCAUGUUUUGAAGCAGUUUAUAUGAAAAUUGAAAAUGAAUGGAUUGAAAAAUUAGAUGAUAAAAAAAUAAACUCCCUUCCUCAUCUCUUUAGAAAAAUUGGCCAGAGAACCAAGUAAAUAAUAUCUAAUUUGAUCCUGGCUCACAAACUAGGCUAAGGCUCAACUGAUGAGCUCAAGAGAAGUUUUCUUGUUACAUUUCUGUGGUUAAAAUAAUUCUGCUUGUCCACAAAUUUCUGAUAUAAAUAGUUGUAGUAUUGUAUUUUUGGAAAUCAUUCCUAUACAUGUACACUGUAUAAUGAUAAUGUUUGGAGCUGCAUUUUUGCAGGAACAGUUAUUCAGAGGAACAGGAAUUAUGAAAAAUUGAUUCCUACAGAAAUAAAUUUGAAAUUUAGUUUCACAUAUUGGUGUGAAUUCUUUAGUUGCAUCGACCAUAAAUAGUAUUAUAGAUUUCUACAAUAAGGAAUAAUAAGUUAUUAUCACUUCAGUAAAACUUUUAUCAUGAUAAUUAAGCAGUAUCUUGAACCCAAAAGUAUCAAAAUAAGCUCAUUAAUGGAUGAGUAAAAAUAAAUGAAUGUACAGUGUAUUAGUAGAGGAUUUAAUUACACUUCGUGGAAAUUUUCUGUAUCAUAAUGGUCCUUGUAAAAGUCCUGAAGCUUAUACUGGUUUGAUGAUUAACAAUGUGUGAUUGAUGAUGAAUGAAUUAUGAUUUUACUGCUGAAUGUACACGGAUACAUAUCAGUAAUAUAUUUGUGAUACUAUGUAUAUACUUUAUACAAUCUAAUUAAAAUUAGACUUGUAAUUUCUGCUCCUCUACGAUACACUACAAUACACUAUCUUGUAUUGUAGUGUACAGUAGAGAUCAUAGAGGAGCAGAAAUUACAAGUCUAAUUUUAAUUAGAUUGAUACUUUGUAAUGAGUACUACAUAGAUGUGGAUUAUUUUAACUGGGAAGAUGGCUAUUAUUUGUUGCUAUGUACCACAAAAGUGCUUUCAUUUUGUAACCUUUAUCAUACAUGAUGUAUUUAAUGUUAUAUUUUAAUUAUUGUCACAUGCAUAACAAUUCUGUUGAUGAAAGGAAGCUUAUUUAUAUAACUUAAGUAUUGUUGUUGUUCUCCAGUAUGUUGUUGAAUGUUUAAGUAUCCUUAGUAUCGUUUACCACUACAGUAAGUCAGUCAAGGUCAAAGGUUCAAAGGUCACGUUUGACUACUUUUGAAAUAGAAAGUUUGUGUAUGUACCCUGUAAGAUAUCUGGUGAGCCUCUCAACAGCUUUAGUUUAUAUCAACACCUAAGUACUGUAACACCAUUCUACAUCUGAUUAGGUUUUGAUGGUCACUAAUGAACGUCAUAGGGUCCAUGGUCAUAUUUGACAACUUUUGAAAAAAACACAAAUGAGGGAUUGAGUGUAUAUAGGGGUAAAAACAAAGACACAACAAAAACAAACAAAAAACAGAAUACCGAAAUCUAAAUGAAUCCAUUAUAUUCUAUCAGGAUUGAUUACAUAAGGGCAAAAAAUAGUAUAAGAUAUAGAUUGAUGUGGAGACUCUUGAAAAGGUAUGAAGAGUGAAAAACCAGGUGUUCCGGAAGGUUAAGCAUUUCCUGUUUUGACAACACCUACAACAUAAAUCUACAUCAAAUCCAGAUAAGGUCACAAACCAGUUGAUGACAACUGAAUCAGAUGAUGACAAUAGAACCACCAGGCAUACUGUAUAUUGAACAUGUCAAACUUUAUACAACACAACGUGAACCCCAAUCAAUUUGCUUUUAUUUUGUAAAUGUUCAUAUAACCUGUUAUUGACACCUGUCAGUUUUGGCUCGCCAGGAUGAUGUUCAGGGGAGCUAUUGCUAUAUCCCCACGUCAGCAUCGUCCAUAGAUAGCUAGGUUAAACUUUUAUAAAACAUUGUGUCAAUACCAACAAGAAUACAGCUUAGGUAUUUGACAUACGUGUUCCUUGUGACAAGACCUCCCCAAUGGUACUACAUUUGUGGACCUUCUGACCUUGAUCCGAGAUCUUUGAGCUUCUUUUAAAAAACUAAAUUUGAACUUCAACCCACUCAGCGAGAUAUGUUGUCCUCUGACAUCUCUUGUGUAUUGUAAUUUUUGAACAGUGUUUAAUCAGUUAAACUCAGAAGAUUAUCUAACUUGUAUCAGUAAUCAGUUAAUUUAUAUCCAAUGAAAAAUGGAUGUUUAAGUGCAAUACUGUGAUUCUGUUCAUUCAAGAUACUAUCACUAGGAUCGUGUGUAGAGUAAUAUUUGUAAAGGUAGUGGUGAGUAUGUUUGAUUUAAACCAUGUUCAGCAUUAAGUUUUUUUAUAAACAGUUAAACCGAUAGUAUCUCAGAAUUCCAAGUCUGAUCCAAAAGACUAUGAUUUAAUUAAGCAAGGUGUUUGAUUUGAAGACGAAAUAUAUUUUAACUGAUUCUGUAUAAGAAUGUGGAGACCUCAUUGAACCGAUACUAAUUUGAAUGGGUAGGUUGUGUGAUUGUAUCAGAAUGAAAUUGUAAUAUUAUAUGUUAAUUGUCAUAUCAGAGGAAAAGUAAUUAAAAUCCAAUGAUGAAAUCAAAUCAGAAACAAUGAA